UGGUCCAUCUGUCCUUGGCGCUGAAGGUCCGUUUGUGUUGACGUUAAUAAGAGACGCGAUAAGCAAAAUAGAAGAGAAUUUUUUUUCUGUUUGCUUCUAUAUUUUUUUCACUUUGAUUUAAUUUUUAUCUUAACUUGUGCAAAAGCAAAAAUGAACGGUUUCCAAUAUCCGAACCGGGAGAGCAAAUGCACCUGGAAGGUCGGCGAUAGCCGGGAGGAAUCUCCACACUCGCAUCGUCCGACGCUAUCGAUCGAUAGAAACUCAAUCCUUUCAGAUAUAACUCAAGCUGUUGGAAACUCCCCGCUCGUGCGCUUGAACAAAAUACCUCAAACGGAAGAUAUUAAGUGUGAAGUUUUGGUAAAAUGCGAGUUUUUAAAUCCCGGGGGUAGUGUUAAAGACAGGAUUGCAGUGCGGAUGAUUGAAGAUGCUGAAGAACAGGGAUUACUUAAACCAGGGAUGACAAUUAUUGAACCCACUUCUGGCAAUACAGGACUCGGAUUAAUGAUGGCAGCAGCUGCCAAGGGGUACAAGUGCCUGAUUGUAAUGCCGUGGAAAAUGUCUGAAGAAAAAGUGAGCGCUUUGAGAGUUUUAGGCGCUCAAAUUGUCAGAACUCCAACUGAAGCGGCUUUCGAUUCACCUGAAGGUCUCAUAGCUGUGUCGCAAAAAUUGAACAAAGACAUUCCAAAUUCUAUCAUUCUCAAUCAGUAUGUAAAUGCUGGCAACCCUCUUGCUCACUAUGAUGGUACGGCACUUGAAAUUUACGAACAGUGCAAAGGGAAAGUGGAUAUGAUAGUCGCCGGCACCGGAACAGGCGGAACGAUAGCUGGAAUUGGCCGUUUCUACAAAGACAGAAAACUAAAUACAGAAAUCGUCGCUGUCGACCCUUAUGGUUCGAUAUUGGCUGAGCCGCAAGAGAUGAACCAGACUGAUGUCACAUUUUACGAAGUCGAAGGGAUUGGUUAUGAUUUCAAACCGACUGUUUUAGAUUACUCUGUUGUUGAUUCUUGGGUGAAAGUUGGAGAUAAAGAAUCAUUGCUCAUGGCUAGAAGACUGAUACAAGAAGAAGGACUCCUUUGUGGUGGUAGCAGUGGUUCUGCUCUCGUGGGUGCCUUGAAGGCAUGCAAAAAGCUCAAAGAAGGUCAACGUUGCGUUGUUAUCCUUCCCGAUGGAAUAAGGAACUACAUGUCGAAAUUUGUCAAGGACGAAUGGAUGAAACAACGCGGGUUUGUAAAAGAAUAAAAUUUUGAGUAAGUUGUUUUUUCAACCUGUGGUUACCAUUGUCAUUAAUCUUCUCCAUCUCAGACUCAACCUAAUUUGUCCAGUUUUUUGCAUAUUUUAUCGAAAGAAAAAUUUUUACAAUGAAAUAACAGUGUUGUGUUGAUCUGUGGAAUAUUGGGGUAGUUUUUUAUGAAUAAAUUGAAUAAAUUGAAA